AUGGGCUUUUGUUCGCAGGCAGAGACUACAACUACAACACAACAAACCCGAAAAAUCAACACUUUCUCCAUUGCUGGCCGACUUAGCUUGUCUCUUUGUUUUCAAACAGCAGUACAACGAGGACGUACAUCAAACUCCCAGAGCAGUCCAGGGCAGUACCUGACCAAUGGCACAGACCCGUACAACGGCCAACCCUACCUGUCGGGCUUCAUCUCUCUGCUGCUUCGUGCCGAGCCAUACCCAACGUCUCGCUACGGGGCUCAGUGCAUGCAGGGGAACAACCUCAUGGGCAUCGAGAACAUCUGCGAGCUGGCGGCCAGGCUGCUGUUCAGCGCUGUGGAGUGGGCCAAGAACAUCCCCUUCUUUCCCGACCUGCAGCUCAUGGAUCAGGCGGCCGGCCUGCACGCAUCACCUAUGUCAGCAGAGCGCGUUGUGGCCUUCAUGGACCACAUCCGAGUCUUCCAAGAGCAGGUGGAGAAGCUGAAGGCCCUGCAGGUCGACACAGCUGAAUAUUCUUGUCUCAAGUCCAUUGUGCUCUUUACAUCUGGUGAGUUUAAGUGAAAAAAUGGGAAAUAAGUAGACUUAAGUAAAGUAAUAUAUUCUCUAGAAAUGUAAAAUCAGCUGGAUUACCAAGUUGCCACUAUUUCAUAUCAUUGUGUGAGCUUUGUCUUUAGAGUGCUGUUAAUUUGGCACCGCUGAAAGCACCUCUGAUCGUCCUUUAGAUCAGCUGAGAGGCUAUAAGACCGAUGCCAUCUGUGUCCUGUGAGUAUGUUUUGCUCAGGGAGGAAGGGAGGAAUUAGCAUCCUGCUAAUCUGAUUUCUACUGGCACGAUAGCAUUGUGUUUACUGAACAUGUAAGCUUACAGUAUCAUGUUAACAACGUAACCUGAAUCAGAUGGCCAGUAGCGGGGUUAUUACGCACAUUUAAACACAGCCAAGGCGAACAUUUGAUCACGAUGUUCUUAAGCAGAGAGAAAAACGACCAGUGAAAAGAAUAAAACGGCACAUAAGGAUUAUAUUUUUGUCAU